GGUGAAGGAGUGAAACAUGGCAGCGAUGGGGAGACGUGUGUAUGUGGUGGGGGUCGGCAUGACCAAGUUUGAGAAGCCUGGAGCUCGGGAGAAUGUUGACUACCCCGACAUGGCCAAAGAAGCAGCCCAGGGAGCACUCGCUGACGCCGGAGUCUCCUACUCUGCCGUGGAGCAGGCCUACGUGGGCUACGUGUAUGGUGAUUCUUCGUGUGGGCAGAGAGCCAUAUACCACAGCCUGGGGCUGACUGGCAUCCCCAUCAUCAACGUCAACAACAACUGUUCCACCGGCUCCACCGCUCUCUUCCUGGCUCGGCAACUCAUCCAGGGAGGACUUGCUGACUGCGUCCUCGCUCUGGGGUUUGAGAAGAUGGAAAAAGGGUCUCUCAUGUCCAAGUUCACAGACAGGACAAACCCGAUGGACCACCACUUGGAGUUGAUGGUCAGCGAGCGUGGCCUCGCGGCGGCUCCCAUCGCUCCACAGCUGUUCGGCAACGCCGGGAAAGAGCACAUGGAACGUUACGGAACGAAGCCCGAGCACUUUGCAAAAAUCGGGUGGAAAAAUCACAAGCAUUCUGUCAACAACCCGUAUUCCCAGCACCGGGUUGAGUACAGCCUGGAGCAGAUUAUGGGGUCUCGGCCGGUGUUUGAGUUUCUCACGCUGCUGCAGUGCUGCCCCACCUCAGAUGGCGCAGCCGCAGCAGUGCUGGCCAGCGAGGGGUUUGUGCGGAGACAUGGGCUGGAGGGUAAAGCAGUGGAAAUCCUGGCCCAGGAGAUGGUGACGGACAUGAGCAGCACUUUCGAGGACAAGAGCUGCAUUAAAGUUGUGGGCUACGACAUGACCAAGGAGGCGGCGAGCAGGUGCUUUGAGAAGUCAGGCCUGAGUCCUAGUGACGUGGAUGUGAUUGAGCUGCACGACUGCUUCUCCUGCAAUGAGCUCAUCACCUACGAGGCCCUGGGGCUUUGCCCCGAAGGGAAAGCCGGGGAGCUGAUCGACAGGGGAGACAACACGUAUGGAGGGAAGUGGGUGAUCAACCCCAGUGGGGGGCUGAUCUCCAAAGGACAUCCACUGGGGGCCACAGGGCUGGCGCAGUGCGCUGAGCUGUGUUGGCAGCUCAGAGCGGAAGCCGCGGGGCGUCAGGUUCCGGGGGCGAAGGUCGGUCUACAGCACAACAUCGGCCUCGGAGGCGCCGCCGUGGUGACGAUCUACACAAUGGGGUUCCCGGAGGCCGUGAGAAGCCAGAGUGUUCAGGCUGUGCCGACCAGCGCUGCCUCCAGUGUGGAUGGAUUCAAGGUUCAGUCUGUGUUCAGAGAGAUCGAGAAGAAACUUCAGCAGGAAGGGGAGAGCCUGGUCAGUAAGAUCGGGGGCGUGUUUGCUUUUAAAGUCAAAGAAGGUCCGGACGGCAAAGAAGGCCUGUGGGUGGUGGACGUGAAGAACGGAAGUGGUUCAGUGGACUUUAACUGUGAAAAGAAAGCGGACUGCACCAUCACCAUGUCUGACACUGACCUGUUGGCUCUGAUGACCGGCAAAAUCAACCCCCAAACGGCUUUUUUCCAAGGAAAACUGAAAAUCGCUGGGAACAUGGGAUUGGCCAUGAAACUGCAGAAACUGCAACUGGAACCGCCGAGAUCGAAGCUGUGAACAUCGCUGCUAUUCUCAUUCCUCCUUUCUUCUCUUCCCUCCUUCCCUCUCUCCUCCUUCCUUCUCUCCUCCUUUCCUCUUUUUAUUCCUCUCUCUCUCUCCUGUCUUCCUCCUCUCUUAUCUCUCUCUGCCUCUCUUCUCUCCUCUUCCCUCCUCUAUCUCGUCUCUCUCUCUCUCUCUCUCUCUCUCUGUCCUCCCUUCCCUUGUGUCUCUUUUCUUGUUUUAUAAGUGAUUAAUAUCCUCAGAUCCUAAGAACAGUGGCCAGUUGUGGUGGGGGCGGGGAGGGAGUGAGAGAGCAGUAUCUGGAAGGGUUGGUUUAUUGUUACAGGGGGUGGGGGGGGGUUGAGGGUAAUUUGUUUUGUAUUUCCACUCAGAGUUUGAUCAUAGGCGUUCGAAUUUAGUCAAGAGAAAAACACUAACAAAAACGAGGGGCCCGAGAGUGAGCGCAGCGCGUUCCCGACUCGAUUCAAUAACGUUUCUGUUGAAAAUGAUAAUUAAUAAUAAUAAUAACAACAAACUAUUUGAAAUGUUUUUUUUGUAAAGUUUGAAAAAACAACAUACAUUUGCCUUUGUUAAAAACAACCGCAUCGAAUGAAUCCCACAGACUUUCGAGAGGAACUGAAGUCUCUCAAAGGUAGAUUUUGAUCAUCGGGAGUUAGUGUUACACACCUGCCUUUAUUUACGAAGUGUGGUCUUUAGACUUUUAGCAUUUCCCCUUCAAGCAUUUUCUGCUACAUCACAUUCUCCUCACUGUAACAAAAUUAAAACCCACAUUUACCUCUUUGUGAACAAA